AUGGAAUAUUUGGAAGCGAAACGUCUCGGAAAAUGGAUAGAUAAUUUGCAAGGACCGGCUUGUGUCCGAUUUUAUCGACGGCAAAUAGGACGCGGAGCUUGUGCUUCUGGCGCUUCGAACGACACGUGUUUGCAGAGUUUGCCCCAGGAGCGCGUACCGCCAGAUCCGUACCGCCUCUCCGCUUGCAUAGUGAAAAUCGGUAACUGGUCGGAGUGUGCGGUCGAUUCCGGAAAACCGCCGGCCACUAGUGUGGUAGCUUUCGUGCCAGGCGUGGGCGCGUCGCAUACCAUGUGGCUCUCGCUUGUCGAGCUGCUCUCUGAGCGCUGUAACGGGAACCGUACUUCCGUUGGGCGCACUCUCGUUUGCUUGAUAGAUAAUCGCGGCACUGGUGGUUCGGAGUUGUACCCGCCACCAGCACCUAUAUGUCGCUGUGUGCGUGCUCGAGAGAGAAAAGCGAACCUUUCGUUAUGGACGGCUCAGGCGCUGGCAGACGAUGCGCGCUAUGUUCUCGAGCAGGUGCUUGGAGCCACGAAGGCCUUGGAUUCGACUCAUGCAAAUACGUCCAUUCGACUGUUUCUGGUAGGGCACUCGCUCGGGAGCGCGAUCUUGUGCCAUCUGCUUUUGACAAGCCCGCCUCUCGAAGUGUCUGGUAUCAUGUUCUUGUCCAUGCAUCAGGGAAGGUUUCGGGACUGGUUUCCGCCAAGCGCACGGGCAGUGCGAGCCUCAGUUCGCUACUGGCUAUGGUGGAUCCGAGCGGCAACGAUCUCCACGACGGCGCUGCAGAAUGAACGUAAGCGCCUAAGGCUGCUGACCCAGCGUGCGGCUAUCGAUUUGAGUCUUCAUUUCAGUGACGCGUUUCUGGCGAGUCCGCUUGAACCUGCAGCGCAGCGCUCGCUGCUUCAUGCUCCACGGACCGAUCCAAGCGCUGGAGAGUUGCACCACAUUCGACGCAGUGCGGAAACUGCGACUGCGACGGCAUCCGCUUUGCCCAAGAAGCGGUACUCGCGCCCGAUUCGCCGGCACGAAUGGUACCUCUUCAACUACACUGCCGAAUCACUCGAGCGUUUUAGAGCCUGGGAUGAGAUCGCCGACGUUCGGCAUUCCUCAGGGAGAAACGCUGACCCGCUGAACGCAUAUGGUUCAUUGGGCCAGUUGCAUGCAGUUCAAGUCUAUCGACUGACGCGAGCGGACUUGGAGCGACUGCGCGUGCGGAUUCCAGAGAAAGCGAUGCUCCUCUAUGGCCGUGAUGAUCCGCUUACUCGACCUCGUGCGUGUCGAGCGUUCGCAGAAGCGCUCGGUAUCCCUGCAAUUGAGCUCACCGGGGCACACCUGAUCACGGAGGAAUCCAAGAUUCCGCUGGCACAAUUUCUCUUGGACUUGGUGAGAGCUUGA